UUAUAUCUCUAUAGAUCUUAUCUUGUAUAAGAAGUUUGCAAAAUAAAUAGAAAGAGCUAGACUCUUCUAGAGAUAAAAAAAAAAAAAUAGAAAACCCUUAGAUUUUCUUCUUCACUUGUUUUUGUUCAUUUGAGUCUCUAUCAAUUGCUGGUAGAAAUAAUUAACCAGUUUCUUGCCAUUACCUCUUCCAUUUUUCCACCACCUUUUUUGGCUCUAAUAAAGCUUUUCCACCAAUUCAGCUCAACCGAAAGUGAAAGACAGUGAGCUAGAUGAUGUGAUGAUUCUAUUGUUUUUGCGAGAAAACAAAGACAAGUAUCAUUAGGGUUUUGUUUUUCUUAUUAUUUAACCCUAUUUGUCUUUGCAUUCUCUUCUUCUUCUGUUUUUUUCUUCUUUCUUGCACUUUUCUUUUCAAUUUGUUUUUGUUGUUUUCCUUGGGAUCUGAUCCGACAAGUAGAAGACAAAAAAGUUUAAAGGGUUCAAUUUCCGAGGAGUUAUAGUUAUAUCUAUGUUGGUUGGUUGGUUGGUACUAUUUGAACUUUUUUAUAGUACCUGUUUUGUCUUUGAAUAUCUUUGUCUGAUUUAGGAGCUUCUUCUCUAUUUUUUGGAGUGAAUUUGAGAUAUAAAUAUAUAUAGAUAUAUUCAUCAACUAAUAUUUGGAGGAAGAUCUGUGACUACACCAACUUGCUACUUGAUCUGACUCAAAAUAAAAUAGGAGAAUAUGAAUAAUUUUUCUCAUGUUCCCCCGGGUUUUAGGUUCCAUCCCACAGAUGAAGAACUUGUUGAUUACUACCUUAGGAAGAAAAUUGCUUCAAGAAGGAUUGACCUUGAUGUCAUAAAAGAUGUUGACCUUUACAAAAUUGAACCAUUUGAAUUUAAAGAGAUUUGCAGAAUUGGAACAGAAGAACAAAAUGAAUGGUAUUUUUUUAGCCAUAAAGAUAAGAAGUAUCCAACUGGAACAAGAACAAAUAGAGCAACAACUGCUGGAUUUUGGAAAGCAACAGGAAGAGACAAAGCAAUUUAUAGUAAGCAUGAUUUGAUAGGGAUGAGGAAAACCUUAGUGUUUUAUAAAGGUAGAGCUCCAAAUGGACAAAAAUCAGAUUGGAUCAUGCAUGAGUAUCGACUUGAAACAGAUGAAAAUGGCACACCACAGGAAGAAGGAUGGGUAGUGUGUAGAGUAUUCAAGAAAAGAGUAACAACAAUGCGCAAAGUGAUGAGUGAACAUGACUCCCCUUCUUGGUAUGAUGACCAACUCUCUUUCAAUAUGCAAGACAUGGUUGACUCACCAAAUCAAACCUCUUAUCAAUCAAAUUUGGUUUACCAACAAUUACCAUUAUACCCUUGCAAAAAAGAGCUUGAACAUUUACAAUUCCAAUUGCCACGUGACCAAUUUCUUCAACUACCACUUCUAGAGAGUCCAAAACUUCUUCAACCUAAUUCUUCAACCAAUUUAACCUCUAAUAAUCCUAUGAUUCCAACAUUCAAUGCUCUUAAUCUUCCUUCAUCAAUAUUGAUAGAAGAACAACAAGUCCUACAAAAUGGUCAACAAAAUCUUCAUCAUGGUAUUGUGUAUGGGAAUAAUUGCCAUGAACAAAAUGUGGAUGAUCAAGUUACUGAUUGGAGGGUUCUUGACAAAUUUGUUGCUUCACAACUUAGUCAAGAUGGUUCAAAAGACAACAAUAAUAACAUGUUUCAUGGCACGGAUGACAAUAGCAAUGUUCAAUUCAGAAAUUUGGAGAAACAAGAAAUGGUGCAUGAAAUUAAUGCAUCAACAUCAAACUCAAGCUGCCCAAUUGAUUUGUGGAAAUAGUUGGUUAUUAUGGGUACAUACUAAUUAUAGGGUACUUAGCUAUAAUUUAUAAAAUUAAAACAUUGCAUGCAAUUAAAUACUGUUUAAAUUGUUGUACAUAAUAAACUUAUAAAUGGCUAUAACUAUAACAUUUAUGUGGAGUGAUUCUAUAGCUCCAUGCCUCUAGAUGAUUCUAGAAUUAUAUUGAAAUUUCAUGGAAUGGUCACAUAGAACUAAAAAAUUCACAGUUGUGUGUGUGUCUGUGUGUGACUUUCAUGUGGUAUCUACCAAUUUGUCUCUGUAUCAAAAAAAAAAUCACAUUUUCAUAAAGAUUGAAACCUUUGCAGGGUUAUUAUUGUAAUUUACUAUGAGUGAUAUAUGGCUCUACUACUAUGCUAUGUAAGCCAAAAUAUAACAGCUACAUCCGCUGUUUUUAUUGGAUUAAUUAAUUGACCGAGUUGGUCGAUAUAUAUGUACUAGAAUUAAGACAAA